AAAAAAAUGCUUUAUUUUCAAAUCACGUUCGUUUUACAUUAUCAUUUGCUCGGUUUCGCCGCAACGCGCGACGCCAAAAAAAAGCUAGUAAUGAUCAAGUUUCAUAUCUACUUUAUAUAGACUUAAAGCAAUCAAUACAUAGACACAAAACUCAAAAGCCCUUAAAUAUCAUUACAACGAAGUUAAGAGUCGACUUAGUGUACUGGCAAUGGUGUGGUGUCAUUCCGGACACGCAAACCGGCCCAUGCCGGACCACCCAGGCCUAGCAUGUAAAAGGUAAAUCGGACUUGCUUAGCAGCAAGGCGACGGAGGGUGGCAGCCUCAAGGAUUGUGUAAACUAUAAUGAAUCAAAGCACAACAACAGAAAUAGUGACCAACGGUGGAGAAAAUCUUAUUUAGACCAUGGGGUAUGGGGCGGGGGUUUGGGCGUGGGUUGGGGGAAAACGCCCAAGCCACCACCCGGGUGGGCUUGGGUUGGGGUGUGGCCCUUGGGGCUUGGGUUUCAAGCCGGGCGUGGGGCGGUCUGGCCAAGCUGACAUGGCGGGCUCUCACUGGACAAACCAAAGUAGCCGUUGGGCUAGUCGUUGGCCAACGGCUAUCUUAAAAAAAAAGAUUUAUUUUUCCACUAUAAAACUCACAUUUUUCUUCCAUUUUUUACCACAUUCAACCACAUCUUCUAUAAUCAUCUUCAAUUCUCCUUCUACAAAACGAAAAAAUGCAUCCUCAUAACCGUCCUUUUGACCCGAACAACCUGUAUGCAUUCCAAGAAAAUAAUCCUAGCCCACCACCCAUUCGUCCAAUGCCUCGUCCAUUUUUGAUACACUCUUCUAUGCCCCAAGAAGCGAGUUAUGCAUCGUAUCUUGGGAAUUGUUUGUUUACUAACUUCCCACACACCGAGGAUUCGAUACCUACCCCGUUUGCACAAACGCCCAUCAACCUUUCACCAACCUCCAUCGACCUUUCACAAAACGAAACCGUCCCCGAAACUCAACCACCCAACGAUGGUCCUUCCGCAUCGAAACCCAUCAAAAAGAGAAGCCAUAAGAAAAAAACCGAGGCGGAUAAAGCACUUGAAACCGCUAAGCGAAAACAACUAAAAUGGACCGUUCCUGAAGAACUUGCAUUGGCGAGGGGUUGGUUUCAACAAUCUCAACAUGCAACUUUAGGAAAUUCUCAACAUCGAACCCAUUUGUGGCAAGGGGUUAGUAGAGUAUUUCAUCAAGAAUUGGGAAGAGAGGUUUAUCGUGAAAACGAUAGCUUAUCCUCGAAGUGGAGCGAGAUAAGCGGCCAACUUACAAAAUAUAGUGGUUUUUUAAAUAAAGCAAAACAAAACCCAAAAAGUGGUGAAACCGAAGCCGACAUUGUGACGAAUGCAUUGGUUCAAUUCAAAUCAAAUGUGGGGACCGACUUCCGUUUCAUGCAUUGUUGGGAGAUUUGUAAGUUCCAUCCAAAGUGGGCGAAUAUCCCCAGUGGUAGCGAAAGUAACACGUCUUCCAAAAGGUCAAGGGCCUUGUCCCAAGCCCAAUCUGAUGCUCGAGAUCAAGAGCUUGAGGACCUUUUGGAUGAUUCGCCAAGCCCAAACCGGCCCGAGUAUGGAAGAGAUGCUGCAAAAAGGCGUGCUAAAAAAUUAAGAUCUGGUACGGCAUCGCCUUCAGCUGGGAGUUCGGGCUUGCGUAGGGGAAUAUACAGCGACCAGUUGGAUGACAUUUCAUCCAAGUUAGAUACAUUCAACGUCUUCCAACAACAAAGGGCCGAACAACGAAGGAGCAAAGAAGCUAGAGAUGCCGCUAGAGAUGCCCUGAGACAAAGACGGGAUGAUCUGAAAAUUCUAUCCAAGCCGAUUGAUCACCUACAGGGUGACGAGUUACAACUAGUCUUGUAGACGAGAGAAGAGAUAAAAAACAAAUAUAAACAUUAGGAAUUUUUUUUAUGUA